AGUUACACUGUAUAUGCAAGUAUUAGCUUUAGAUUCAUCGCCAUGCAGACAUGUUAACAUGUUAAAUCUGUAACACUGACUAUACUGCUCGCUGUUCUGUUCCGAAGAGGUAAAUUGUUUAGUUGUUUCUUCCGUCCCCACUUUGUCACUCGAACGCUCUGAUGUAGGAAAACAACAAAAAUGGCGGCGGUCGAAGAAAACGUCAUGACAUGUUAGCCCCGCCCACUCGUUAUUGAACCCUCCUCCCUCUUCAGUCUGGCUGAAUGUGAGUCUGCUGACUGGCUUCAGGCUUCAAACCAAAUCCGGCCGGAGGUAUUUAGCGAGUAACGCUCGGAAAGGUGGAAAACUGCUAACCUUACGUCACCUAUUACCAUCUGAAAAACAGCCGAGACUGGUGUAGUUUAUUAUAAUUACUAUUUUUUGUUUUUAAAAGAAGUGCGUUCGCUUAGAAACCCUGCCGAAUGAACCCGAGGCGGCGGCGGAAGCAGCAGCAGCAGCCGACGUGGAGGAGGCGCAGCUCCGGACAUAAACACUCCUGGUUUUAAAGUUUUCUUCAGAACUUUCAGAGAAAAUGACUCAGGAUUACGGAGCGCGGACUAUACAGCUCGAGUGGCCUUGAACAAUUCUGGACUUUGUACUUUGUUUUUGUUUUAUAUAUAUUGCAGUUUUUUGGGGGGAAAUAGUUUGGUCUUGAGUUCACACCCUUUUUGUGCCUUGUACCUGCGUUUGGCGGAAGAUGCUGUCCUGGCUGAGCGAGUGGUUCUGGAACGAGCGGCUGUGGUUUCCAGAGGGUUUGGGAUGGGCUGAUCUAGAGAAUCACGAUGGUCUUUUCUACCCCAAAGGCUCUGACCUCUGGGUUACCCUUCCAAUAGCCCUGGCCUUCCUUAUCAUACGCCAGAUAUUUGAGAGGACAGUGGCACUUCGGCUGGCCUCGGCGAUGGGAGUGACUGAGAAGGUGAGAGUGCGGGCAACACCUAAUCCAACUCUGGAGUCGUACUUCUGCACCACGAGUAAACAUCCAGCACAGAGUGUGGUGGAGAGUUUAAGUAAACAGACGGGGAAUUCCCAGCAACAGGUGCAGAGGUGGUUCCGGAGACGGCGCAACCAGGAGCGACCCAAUCAGCUUAAGAAAUUCAGGGAAGCAAGUUGGAGAUUUACAUUUUACCUUCUUGCGUUCUUUGCUGGACUGGCUGUUCUCAUUGACAAACCCUGGUUCUUCAAAAUGGAGGAGGUGUGGAAUGGAUUCCCAACACUGAAUGUGCUGCCUUCUCAGUACUGGUAUUACAUGAUCGAGCUGGGUUUCUACAUGUCACUCCUCUUCAGUGUGGCAUCAGACGUGAAGCGAAAAGACUUUAAGGAGCAGAUUGUUCACCAUGUUGCCACCAUUAUUUUGAUCAGUUUCUCCUGGUGUGUGAACUACAUUCGAGCAGGAACUCUGAUCAUGCUAGUGCACGAUGCCGCAGAUUAUCUGCUUGAGUCGGCCAAAAUGUUUAACUACGCCGGCUGGAGGAAGACGUGUAACUACAUCUUCAUCAUCUUUGCUGUCGUCUUCUUCAUCACAAGACUCGUGAUUUUACCGUUCUGGAUCAUGCACUGUACGUGGGUCUAUCCAGUGACCAUCUAUCGUCCCUUCUUUGGUUAUUACUUCUUCAACGGGCUUAUGAUGGUGCUUCAGUGCCUACACAUCUUCUGGUUUGCGCUCAUUCUGCGCAUGGCCAUCAAGUUCCUCCCAGGCAAUCACAUUGUGGAAGACGAGCGGAGCGACAGAGAAGAGACGGACGACUCUGAGGACGAGGACAAGGCGCAGGAGAGCGAGAGACGGCCCAAGACGAAAAAUGGACCGCUGCAGAAUGGCUACUCUGCCUCAAACAACAACCACCGCAAGAUGGAGUGAUGAGGGGAAAGAGGAUGAGCGGAGGUGUAGUUCUCCCAUGCCCACUAUGAUAGAUACAUAAACACACACACACACACACACAGACUAAUAUAUUGAGGCAGUGAUAGAAGCAGCUAGUUUGGAAAAUUGGUUUAAACAGAUCAUACAGUCACACGUUUUCAUUACAUUUGACCAAGUAUUCGGUUCACUCUUAAACACUAAUCACCAAGAAAGAAUUAUGUUCCAGAUGAAAUCAUCAUAAAGGUCAACUUCAGUAAAUGCACUAAAUUCUGUUCGAUCUCGAGGCAUUGAAUCUUCCUUGACCCGCUUCGCGCAUGACCCUGCAUACUGCCUGGUUAAUGUGAAACCCUCACUCAUCUUUCUUUCUAGCCUUACUGCUGGUGUUUCUCAUCACACGUGAUCUCACUGUGUAAAUACGUCUCAUGAAGAUUUGCUAAGCUUGAAGGGUACCAAUCUUUGGCUUUGUAUUUUGCAAGCAACUUUACAGAUUUUCCUGACAUCGAACUCUCGUUAAGUCUCCAAACACAUUCCUAGUGUAUGUAUGAACGCACACACACACACACACACACACACACACACACACACACACACACACCCCUCUGCACUGUCGUCAGGCCUCCUGUGUACUGCCCCCAUUUCAGUUGCACUAUCGUAUCGUUUUGCUAUGCACUACCACUGCCUUAGAGAUUAUCUCCUAGAAUGUGUUGUUCGAGGGCCACAAACUAACCGAUCGACAUCCCGCUUAAACACACCUGAUGAUACCGUUCUAUUAAGUCGCGCUGUUCUGUGCAGGACAACUGGCAAUCUCUUUACCCCCCCAUCUCGCCCCAUCAUGAAGCUGAAUGUCGAAUUAUUCCUCGUUUGGUGCCUUAUGUUUCUCCAGCAUAGCGAUAUCUUCAUUGUCUCGCAUCAGAAUCUGUCGAAUCCAGCUUUAGUUGUUAUUGGCAAAUUCAGUACACGCGCGUGUCGUAAAACUCCUCUCAGUUAAAGAUGUGCUCCAAAUCAAUUCGUGACAUUUCAAUCUUCCUUAUUUUAUUUGAAUGUUCUUCUCGGUCUUUAUUUACAAGGAUUACUCAGAUUAAUAUGAUUUUACUGUAUGUUUGGGUUGUUUUUGAUUUUUUUAUGUUUUUCAUUUCAUUAUUUUACUAGAGGUCCAAAUUUAUUCGUUAAGAUUCCAAGAAGUUCCAGGGUUUUGUUUUUUAUUUUAAAGAAAAACACCACCAAAAUUUCUUAGUGAGGGCGCUUUCGUUGUUCAAUAUGUUGUGACCGAUUAUUCUAAGUUUCAGUAAAUUGGAUUAAGAACGAUUUCUGCUCUGUAUGGAGUCAGCUGUUGGGGGUUGGGGAAUUUUUAUUUCUGUUCAGAAUCCUGUUCACAAACAGGAAAAACAAAGAGAUGUUUUACCAAAUAAGAUCUUAGAAGGUAACAGUCUAGUCUAUCUACCUAUCCAAUGGUUUUCGUAUCAGUCGUAGUAUUAAUACGAUGAAGAGUCAGUAUUCAUCACUCGUCUGGCUUCAGAUGCACUUUAUAAAACGUGGCGCGUAGAAAUAAAGCCAGAGUUAAACUGGAGGUUUGAAGUGCUUUUAUAGUCGAGUCGGUUUGUAAACAUUGUGCAUGUGUAAAACUCGUACAGUUCAACUAGGCUGAAAUAGACACCGGAGGUUUAUGGGUUUCAGAGUUAAACAUCUGUAAAGUCCUCCUGUAACGCUGUAAACUGUCUCAGAGCUCAACGGCUCACAAACCCACUGAACUCUACAUUAUAAUCCAGUGUUAGAAGUAAAAGAUUAGAAAAUAAACGAGACUAGGAAUAAGAUUAUACGUAAGGUUUACAUGUCGUGGUCUUGUUGUUUAUUACACUGCAGCUAUUGACUGUAAUUCUUUUUGUUUAUCCGUUUCUUGUUUUCUUACUGCUUGUAAGCGCUUUAUUUCUAAACUGCGAUUGUGUUCGCUUGUACUUGCUCGUUCUUGUCUUGUUCUCCAAGCUCGCAGCCUUUACCUUUAUGGUACAAAGCGUUCAUGAUGGUGGGCUUGGCUUCAUCCCGAAUACUCUGAAGCAGCCACGUUUUAUUUAACUACACGCGGUAAUUGGAAAAAAUUAUAUGCGGUGUAGAUGAUGUCACCCUGAAUCUAAAAAGCAAACCAUUACUGACGCUGAUAUGAUGAGAUUAAACUUUAGACUGCAAUUACUCUCUUCUCUCCCGCCCGCCCCCCUUUUUCAUUUUGGUUCAUCUCUUUUCUGUUCUCGCCUCUCCUCCUUAUCUAAAUUAAUCACCCCUUACAUCCUAAUGUCCAAACCAAUCUGACCAAAUGAGAUGUCACCAUCUGUUGUCUACAUACCUGAUACACACACAAAAAACAUCAUCAGUGUCAAAACUGGCAGUGUUUUUAUGUUGUAUUUUGUAUCAUGUUUAUGCAAUUUAAGAUAAAAGACUGUGGAUAACCAAACCUUUGGGCUUUGUGUAUUUGUUUCCGCUGUGGUUGUGGUUUGGGGAAGAGGGAAGAUCCUAUUAUCUGACAUUAUAUCUGAAUCUGCUUAGUAGUAGAAAUACAACACCUAUUUGUAUCAUAUGAGUCCAUCCUUGAUUUUAUGAAAUAUCAGACACACAGAAAAUGAAUGUGUGUGUGUGUGUGUGUGUGGAUUUUGAAUAUUUGUAGUUUACCAGUAAUAGUCUGUACAUUUUAAAGUAAAGAACACCAUUGUACAUUUAUAUACAGUCAUGGGGGAAAAGAAAGUAAAUCAUCAUCUUCUAACUUCUAUAAACAAACAAAUAAC